AUGGCGAGUACUAAAUGUGGAAUCCACGUAUCGUUCACUGACAGGCAGGCUUUCAUCGUUUCUGAAACCGACCCCAGCAUCUCUGUCCUCUCUCAAAUCGCCCUGCAAAGUUUCACUAAGUACCGAACAACAGUACAGGACUCUGCUGGCGCAACCAUGCUCCCCGCCGUCCCUGUGUGGGAUGAAGAAAAGGGGCAUUUCCAAAUUGCUAUUGAUGCUGGUAAGAACUCCAAAACCAGAACUCUGUCCCAGGCAUAUCAGACUUCGGUACUAGACUGGUUCAAGGCCAAUCCGACUAUCGAGAGCAGAGAUCCAGAGGCAAUUCGAGAUCUGGCAUGGAAUGCACGAAAAAGUCUUGGGGUAAGAUUUGAAGGUCUUGAUUUGGUUUUGUUACCCGCAGCACAUCACUAUGAGUCCAUUCCAUACAGAGAUGGCCCUUGGGAAAAUCCUUCCCAAGUACUUGUUGUCAGUACCUUCUGGAGCGCAGCUCAUGGUACAAGCAUGAUAGAUAUUGGGCCCCCAACUGGUGUCAAUUAUACUGAAGACACACUUUUGCUCCAAAAAGAAUAUGAGAUGGAAUUAACAGUACUGAGAGAUAACUCUGCCGACGUUCACCAUGAUCCCUUCCGGACCAGGGACCUUGCCUUGCUCGGGGCAACGAGGGUGCUUGCUGCGGAUAAAAAGUGGACCGACUUCCGCAUUGUAGUGCCCAAAAUCGGGUCCACCCGAAGGCAGAGGAUGCUGAUGGAACGAAAUGACGGAUUCCUUGCAACACAACCUCAACAAUCAUUCAUGAGAAGACCACACCUGAGGAGCCACUCUUUCACUGAGCCAGACAUACCUGCCUCCACUGACAACGAAACUCUUGCCCUUACAGAGAAGUUCACCAGUAUCACUGCACAUCUCCCGCCGGAUUACCCCAUAAAGGGGCUGGUUGUCAAAGUCAGUUGGAAUGAUCGCAUCAGAUGUUGGUCAGUCAUCAGUGGGGGAGAUUUGAGGGAUGAUAUCAAAAGGUUGAGCAGUGCCUACUGUGAAGCUAUAACACGGUUAGCAUGGAAACGUUCCACAAACUUACGAGACGCUGGAGCAGUCCAUGCGGACGCCAUAGAUGCUAUAACAGAGAUUCUUGCUGAGCCUGAAUGGCACAGAUACCAUAUACACUUACUCCUACGAGACCCAUAUGCUACCGCACGCAUGCCAAGACGGCCUCAUCUUUCCCUCAAAAGACGGAACUUGUCUGCGGAUGUGAACACGACGGAAAGAGACCCAUCGGCAGUGCUUGAGUCCUUGGUUCUUUGGAACGGCACUUGGUAUUUGAAGGUUGGCUCUAAGGAUGACUCUGUUCUGACUGUUUGUCAGAUCCAAGCCAUCAAAGCAUUCAUGGCACAGAUGGAGAAAGAGCAAAGUAGUAGCCAAGGUCCAUCCCCAAUGCCUCAUGAUCCAUAUCCGCUUCUGAGAGCCGCUAAAGCCGCACGGUUGGUCCUUUUGAAUGACACAAGAUUCAAGGAUCUUACAAUUGAAGUUCCUAGAAUUGUGUCUAACUUGCAAUGGGUCAAAGUAUCGGACCUUGGCCCGAGUGCGGCCUCACGACUUCAGGUCCUUGGGUAUGUCCAGGCGGCCUGCGGCGGAACAGUAGAGUACCGACUCUCAUAG